AUGUACUCUAGAGUCACUGCUCUGAGGUCGGUCCUGGUUGACGGAGAGUUGUUGCUCUUUGCAGGGCAGGGUCCCUUUCUUCACAUCUACAAUGAGAGCGGAGUCAUUAUUUCAUCUGCGCGAAUAUUCGAGAUCCAACCCAUCUGUGGGAUACAGAUCGAGUCGCGCGAUGCAGGGCAAGUGUUGAGUCAGGGUCAUCAGAUCGUGCUCUGGGGAGGGGCAUUUUGCCGCACCGCUGUGUUGACGUUAGGGAAACCAGGAGCUGCCCCGUCAGCCUUGGUGCUAGAGAUCACUUUCUCGAGACCAUUAAACUGCGGAGAUUGGAUUCUAGAUGCUGCUUUCCACCAAUCCAGCAUUUUCCUGCUCACUGCACACAAUCAGCUUCUAGAGCUGUCCUUUCGCCGACAUGCAGAGAGCACUCUGAAAUGUGAGAAAUAUGCCACAGUGAAUGGCCCAAAGUCAUUCCUGUACUCCGGCUCCCUUGCUGUCACCAACCCUGGCCAAAUUAUUGUGGCUUCUGGGACCGUCUUUGGGGAGAUUCUAGUCUGGACUUGCUCGAGGGAAGAAAGCCUGGGCCAGUGGUCCACAUCACUAAGACACAUUUUCAAUGGUCACAGAGGUUCCGUUUUCGGUGUGUCUAUUUCUGACGGCUUCGACCUGGGCGCAACUCGCUGCCGCUUGUUGGCGAGCUGUUCUGAUGACCGAACGGUAAGAAUUUGGGACAUUAGUGACUGUGACUUGACACCCCGCGACUCCAAUCACAGUCUAGAAUCAGCCGAGACAGGCUUCGGACUUGUCGGUCAAGGAGGCGACACCCAUCUUGCAUCCGAAUGGGGUCAUCUCUCGCGCAUCUGGGAUGUUGAAUUUGUGCGGAACGAGUCGAACAGAAACGGCGUCUGUCUUCUAUCCCGAGGUGAAGACGGUGCCUGUCAAUUGUGGACCGUCGAGCUGCAUGCAGGGACUCCACCAGAGAUACCCCUAACGGCGCGUCUGAGGGCAGAGUCAAGUGAUCGACACCAUUCGGGGAAGAAUGCAUGGUCCAUGACCUACGUUAAUGAUGGUCAAGGUUUGCUCGUCCAGACUGGCGGUGCUGAUGGGCAGAUUAUCUCCAGAAGAUUUGAUGUCUCGCGCGGGAGCAUAGCUUCGUCUACCACCCUCUCGACACCUUUUAAGGACAUUACUGUGUCCUCGAUGUCCCUGAAGCAUUACUUGUUCUUGGACUCGGGUGCAUGCUUGGCUGCUACGGAUCGAGGCGACUUGUUCCGAUUGACUGCUAGCCAUGAUAAGUUGAAUUGGACCAGCUUGAUACCGAAUCCUGGAAGUGGCGGCCUUGUGCUCUGCUCGGCUGAACGCCUACAGCUCGUUCUCGUUGCGUAUCAGAGAGGUGGACUGUCGGCAUUGCUCACCCACAACGACUCUUUAGUCCCCGUCGAAUGCGACCUCGAAUGUGCAAUCUCUUGGAUGCGGCUUGCCUCUCCACAUUCCGCAGAAUUGCCAUCGUCUACAAUUUGUGUUGUUGCCUCGUUGGCGAAUCGGAAGUCAGUCAUCCUCUGGGUGAGCAUGACAGACGGUUCAGUCCAGGUGAGCCAAACAUCUUUAGAAACACCAGAAACUUUCACCAUCACCUCCUGUUGUUACGACAGCUCUAGCCAGGUCUUGGUUCUUGGUUCCCGUGCUGGAGCUCUUGCAAUCUAUCGCCAGGUAACAUCUGGGUCAAAAAAAUCUGGGGAGCCAUCGUGCCUUCGCCAUGCCCAUGGCACGGAUAGCGUCGCUUCCGUUACCAUUCUGCAAGAAGAUGCGCAACCUUCCAAGGAGACAAUCCAUGUUCUGACGACAGGACGUGACGGGAUCUACGCAAUCCAUCGAGUCAAUUGGCCACAGUCCACAGACACGCAAGAAGCCACUGUGACAGCUGUUCACAGAUCUGCACUCCCAUUCGGGCCCAACAUUGAGGGGGCUUUGUUUACGUCGGGCAAAGAAUCAUCACAUGUGACAGAGCGAAAUUUGAUUCUCUAUGGCUUCCGCUCGACGUCGUUUGUUGUUUGGAAUGAAACACAGCAAUCUGAAGUGUUAUCUGUCGAGUGCGGCGGGCCCCAUCGCAGCUGGGCGUUUCGAGACUGUUCCGAGUUUCGUGAUGGAGGCGGGAAAUCAUUUGUCUGGACUAAAGCCCGCACAUUGAACUGGUACUCAUCCCGGGGAUCCAACCACGAAUUGAUCCAAAAGGGAGGGCAAGGGCGUGAGAUCAAGGCCGUGGCUCGCAGUCCUGUGUCGUACGAUCGCCUUCAGAAGGAACACCGCGCUCAGGUUCUCAUAGCCACAGGAGCUGAAGACACCAACAUUCAGCUCUUUGCUAUACCUCGUACCGCGAAAGCUACAUACCGACCUCAACCAGCCGGGGAACCCGUACCAGACACCUCUGCGUUUCGGGCCGUGUCAACCCUGAAACGACACAAUACCGGCAUUCAACAUCUCCAAUUCUCACCGUCGGGCGGAUACCUCUUUAGCAGUGCUGGAUGCGAAGAAUUCUAUGUGUGGAGACUCACCUUUGACGUACCUGGCAUUGAAACCGGAGUGGUACUAUGGGACAUGAUGCCGACUCAGGAAGAAGACUCGGAUGCGCGGAUCAUGAGCUUUGAUUUGCAGCGUAGCAACUCCGGAGACGAGAACGCAAGAGAGGAAUACACGAUCGUGAUGGCGUACUCGAACGGAAAGGCAAAGGUGGUACGCUAUACACCUGGAUCCAGCAGGAGUAAAGAGAUGUUUGAGAUGCUGCGAGAAAUCAGCUACGGUUCCUUCUGUGUGAUGCAGGCUUUCUUCCUUUCACCAAGCUUCAUCCCAGCUUCGACCUUUGGAUCUGACGAGCUUCGAAUGGGAGCAUUGUCCGCGGGCACCAACGGCAUCCUAAACCUCAGCCUUAUGAACACCCGCUUCCCGUCUAAUCGGUCGACUGUUUCGCCCGAUACAGCGCUUGAAUCGCCGAUGGAAGUCCACAAGGUGCAUCAAAGCAGCGUCCUUGCCAUGGACAUGGUACGCCUCAAUCCCAUGACCUACCUCGUCGCGACCGGCGGCGACGACAACGCACUAGGCCUGACACUGCUUACCGCUUUACCUUCAUCUACGAUCGCGCCCGCAUCAGAGACCAACACCGAAAGACAACCACCCUCCUACCACUUCCGCACGCUACUCAUUCCUGCCGCCCACGCCGCAGCCCUCACGGCGUUGAAAGCCACGAACCUCAGACGCACACGGACGGGAUAUUCGAUUGUUGUGGUUACCGUGGGGAACGACCAGCGCGUCAACGUCUGGGAUGUCCAUGUCAACUCGGGCGGAGACAAUAAACGUGUCAUUCCCUCCGCCGGGCGAGAUAAGCUUUUUGAAGCCGUCCAGGUGGAACUUGUCGGAGCUGGAUGGACGGCAGUUGCGGACGUCAGUGAUUUGGACAUUAUCGAGGACGACCCUAUGACCCUGGAAAAUGAUGUAGGGAACGGUGAGAAGGGUGGGGGCGAGAGAGCAUGGAGUAUUUUGGUGGUGGGUGUCGGGAUGGAGCUUCUGAGGGUGGUCGCUCGAUAA